CUGCUGCUGCUGCUGCUGCUGGUUGUGUUGCUGCCACACGUGCGCUGUCAGCUGCAAUGCAAUGCAGUGUCGAGGCAGAAACGCAUUUCGAUUGCAAGUCCAGCGGCUGGGCAGCUGAGCUCGCUGGACAGCUGCCAGUAUGCGGUGGCAGCUUGGAGCGCUCAAGUGUGUCAAGUGCGCAUCGAUUUUGAGCGCUUGGAGUUGCCGGCGCCGCGUCUUAAUGCAAGCAGCCAAACGCUGCAGUGCGUCGACUAUUUGCAGCUGCAGCGUUUUCAGCUCUGCGGUCGCAACAACGGGCAGCAUUUGUACGUGCAACUGCAGCAGGGUGAGCAGCUAAAAUUACAUUUUAAACUAGCGAGCCACUCAGCGCAGUCUGCAUGGCAAUUGACGCUAACGCAGCUCGAGUGUCCAGCAGCGCCCAAACAACAAACGCGUCGCAUGUUGCCGCCGCUGUUAAGCAGUUUGUUGCCACGCAGCAUAUUUGGCAGCCAGCAGCUAUUUCCAGCACUACGCGCACCAACGCUCGCUGAUCUGCAGCUGCUCGCGCCGCUGGGCUGCGAUCAAUAUUUGCGCAGCGCUAGCGGCGGCAUUGUUAGCUUCAAUUUUGCUGGCGGCGUUUACAUGCCCAGCAUGAAAUAUUCAAUUUGUAUAGCAGGCAAUAGCAAUCAAGAGAUAAGCUACAAUAUACAGCAUUUUGCACUUUCAAAGUUCGAUAGCAAUGCGACUGGUGCUGGCUACGAUGCCGAUUGCCAUAGCACUGUGCAAACGACUGGACGCGCCAUGGACUAUCUGCUUAUAGCCAACUCAUAUUUGGCCAGCAAUCCAGCUGUGCAGCCCACUUAUUAUUGCGGCCACGGCUUGGCAGGCCAGCAGCUGAUUGCACGCGCCCCAUUCAUCAUUCACUUCUCGAGCGAUGCGCAGUCGAGCGCCAGCGAAACGGGCUUCCAAUUGACCUACGCACUGAGGCAAGCAGCAGCAACGCAGUCGAAUUUAAUUUAAGCCACACAGCCAUAGCCACAGCCAAAGCAAUGCAAUUAGUCUAGCAACAACAACAACAACAACAAUAAACUGCAAAUUAUUAUAUGCGACGACACUAAUGCCAAGCAGGCAGUCCUA